AUGGAGACCGCAUGUCAAAGUGACCUUCCUCUUCCGCCCGAGAUCGUCACUUUGAUAUCUUCGACUCUGCCGAAACCCGAGCUGCUUCGCUUGAGAUUGGCUACUCGUAGAUUGCACGAUGCAGCGACUCCAUUCGCAUUCAGGGCGGUUUACCUUCGAGCUUAUGGAACCGCGGCUACAAAUUUCACCUCUAUUGCAACAUCGGCUCGUCUACGGAACUACGUUAAGGAAAUAACCAUUGACACGAAUAUCGGCCAAAAUUAUGAAUACGCCUCCAACGAGCCUUAUGAAUUCCCCAGUGGCUUCUUCAACGCCCUUACUUCCCUACGCUACUUCUCCAAUCUCACCAAGCUACACUUGAGGUUCAGUAAAUACUGCGGGGAUAACGGAAGAGAAUUUGAAUGGGCAUGGAUCGAGGAAGACUGGCCGUUUCGGUAUAGAAUCCUUGAUACUGUUUCUCACUGCAUCGUUGGAUUGUGGACACGGGCAAAGCAAGUCGAAAUAGAUGAGAGGGCGAAUCUUCGUGAUUUCGAAGCAAGGUACCUAGAUGAUGACCCAGAUUUCGUCACUAAGGGCGCAGAGCAUCUCCAAAAGCUCACCAUUUCCAACUUGGCCGAUUAUCAUGAUCCCAAUCUGGCUUCUUCAAACGCUUGGCAGCAAUUACUCCGCCUGCCUCGCUUACAAGACUUGAAGCUCUUGGUUACUACAGAGUAUCAUAGAUCGCAACACCAGAUUCUCUCCCCCCAGGAGAGGCACGAAUUCUUCCAGAAGCUCCCCUCAACUUGGCUGUCACCAAGUCUGGGUAAUUGUCUCAGAACUCUAUCCCUCUACUACACUGAGUACUGGGGCUGGUUCCCCAGAAUGAAUCUCUAUGAGAUUGGAAUGCUACCUCAACUCAAGGUUCUAGCUCUGGGGCAAUAUGUCUUUACUGAUGAGCGACAAACAGACUGGAUUGCAACUAUCGGAAACAGCAAGGGAAGCGGUGGCCUGGAGGAGCUCUAUCUGGAUGACUGCCCUAUCUUAUUCAAAGCCCGUCAACACAGCCCCCUGACAAGUGACGGAUACCCCGAUCUGCGCGCUGUCUUGAAGGCUAACUAUGCUACUGCUGUAACCAAAGAGUAUAACAUCAGAUGGCACAAUGUCCUUGAAACCUGGAGAGGACGUAUGAAAGGCCUCAAGAAGUUCAUCAUGGGCCAUGGCGAUUGGUCGUCUCAAUGGCCGAGUACCAAAGCAUUAAAGGAGCACGAAGGUUUUGUCUAUCUCAGUUACGAUGAGCUGAGUCAAAUGUUUAGUGAAAAUGUUCACAGAAACUUUUGCAAACCUGCAGGCGUUGAGGUCAGCAAUACCAAGGACCCAGUAUUGGCUCGCAGAUACCUUCAUGGUGCGGGAUUGCUACAGCGAAGGACAGCACGAAUGCAGUAUAUCAAGUAUGAUAUUGGUAUGUGUGGGCCAUGGGACAAUCCAUAUCUGACCCGAGGAAGGGGUCGACCAGACGAUGGUUGGGCACCAGAAAAGGAGACGGUCGGAGUUGAUGAUGCGGCGUGCGAGCUACUCAUGGCAACUAUUCGGGACAGGAUUUCAGGGGACGAGAAAUAUCAAAAUGGAGACUAA